AUGAACGAGCAAGAGAAUGAGCCCGCGACGCCUGCCGUCCAACCCUAUUUCGUCGAAUCAUUUGUUUUUAUUUUGCGCCACCUGGGUCAGGAGAAGACUUUUAAGCACCUCUUUAACGACUCUGAUGAAGCAUUUAUCUCCGCCUUCAAAAAUUUGACGGAGGAUUCUCAGAAGGUCUACUUGACGCUGUUUAGGCGAUCCAAAGGUUUCUUCCGCCAGUCAAAACUCCGCAUUGAUCCUGCCCCAGGAAAUUUAGCUGCUGCGUUGCUUGAACUCUCAAAUCAGGGCUUCCUGUCCUCUGAUCUCUCUGCGUUUCCUGACGACGAACUUCUUAACAUACUUGAUCGAAAAGAAGUGAAUGAUCUUGCGACUGCAUUCAAACUUCCAUUGAAAGGAUCGAAAAGUGAUCUCAUUUGCAGUUUGCUGAAAAUUUCGCGUGAAAAGUCAAUUUUGUCCUUCUUC